GAGACACAAGAAGGGGCUUACUACAUCCUCUUUGGACUCGGUAACGUCGAGGCCAUCUCUCUGCGUGAUAUCUACAUCCGCGCCACUGGCAAAAUGCCCAUAACUCAGGCUCUGAAGAGGAAGGAUCUGGGCUGGGAGGGACUCAAAAAAACCAAUUCCUCCUUCAUUCUCAUUUACAGAGGAUCAGAGUGCGUGGAGUUCUUGCUCCCUCUUGUGGCUGGUUUUGGGAACAACCACAACAGCCUGGACACUGUUUCUAACCUCAACUUCACCAAGAGUGACUGGGUGCUGGUGUACGGCUCCAGCAAACUGUCAGUGCUCAGACAGAGAGACUUACGUAAAGAAUGGACCUUCAGCUCUGCUCCCAUUCACAGCCAACCAGCCUCAGGUCACUUCAACGGUGAUGGGAUCCUUGAUCUUUUCAUUCAGCAUUCAGCAAACGGCAUCAUGAAGGUGCAGGUUGUCGACGGUGCUAAUGGGCAGCGUCUCUGGUCCGAGGAGUUUGUGUGUCCCCGUCUUGUUUUGGAAACUUCAGCGAUCUCCACCUCCACUGGCCAAUCAGCGUUCCUGUUCUGGGCCAGCGAUCCAAUCAAAGGACAGAAGAACGUUACCAAGACAACU